CUUUUUCUUUUUGAAGAUUUUAUUUAUUUAUUUGAGAGAGAGCAAGUGAGCAUGAGCAGGGGGAGGGGCAGAGGGAGAGGGAGAGAAAGUCUCAAGCCAAUUCCCUGCUGAGUGUGGAGCCUGACACGGGGCUCAGUCUCAUAACCCUGAGAUCAUGACCUGAGCCAAAACCGAGAGUUGGACUCUCAACCCACUGAACCACCUAGGAGCCCCUAUAUGUUUGGUUUCUCUAAAACAGAACCAUUGCUCUUCCAACAACUAACCUUCCCAUUUUUCCUCUCUUGUUUUCUCAUUUUGUUUCUAAACUGACUGUACUUAAAUGUCAGGUCUUCACAGCCUCUCCCCCGCCCCUUCAACUCCCAUAUAGACUUAUGGAAAGUCACUUUGUAAUAAAGCAGCAAGCCUAUUUCAGAUACAAAUUGCUUUGCUGUAUGUUCCAGGAACAAGAGAAAAAAGUCUAGAGGUCUCUGAAAUGCUUUGCCACUAAAUCCUUUAGACUCUGGUUACAAAACCCACAGUAUUCUCUCACUGAGUUAUUAAGUUUGGUUUGGGAUUAAUGUAGGAGUACCCCUCUCUCUCAUUCUUGUGGCAGUCUACAUCAGUUUCCUAAAUAACUGUUGUUUGGAACUUAAAACUGGACAGAGCCUUAUUCAGGUAAGUAGGUGGGCUUUGUUUUAUAGUCUCUUCUCUUUGUCCUUGUUUUACAAAGCCCAGGUACUGUGUGAGCCUGUCUCACAUGUGAUCUUUAGGACCUGGAAACUAACUAGCUCGGCAAAGUUAGAAGGUUCCCAGGUGAGAACCAGAAGGCAUCCAAGAUGGGUGGUGUCCCUUCCUACAGGAUUUGUCUGCUGUUUAUGUAAGGAUUGGAUUUUUAGGAUCUGUAUUAUAUAUUGCAGGAUCAGAAAACCAUAAAGGUGGAGGACACCUCAGAGGUCAUGAAUCCAGCCCCACACUGUUUGUGGUCUGUGGUCCCAGCUACUAAGCCCACCUUUGGUGGAAAGCAUGAACCUCCCUAAAUGGCAUGUUCUGUUUCCUUGAUUGUUCAUGAAUUCUCUGUCCCAGAAUGAAAGCAACCUCAUUCUGUGCACUGAUUCUACCCAAGGGUACAUAUCCAAAUAAAUCUCUAUUCCCUCUUACAUAGGAAAACCAUUGUGAUAUCUUCCCUAAUAGUUGUCUUUUUAAAGCUCAGAAUCCCAGAAUCCCUCUACUGUUUGUGGAAGGUAAUGGGUGGCAGACAGCUGUCCAAACAGAUUUGAAGUUUCUCUGUUUCUUUUAAGAUGUGGUACUUGGAACUGGAUAUAUUACUCCAAAUUAACAGGCCAGUGUAUGGGUUUAGGGGAGGGAUGAAAAGACUGCUCCGAUCAAAAGAUCUAUCAUUUGUGUGGACCAGGAAUGUAUUGGAAUUUCUGAUAGCUGGGUGACAUUGUCCAGUCACAUCAGCUCUCUGGUUCAUUAUAUCUUUGGGUUCUUUUUGAACUAAAUUGCUUUUGUGUCAAGUAGUCCCAUCUUAGCCAUGUGGAAAUAAUUUUUAACUUUAACCUAAUUUUUAAAACCUCAUAAUAAACAGCACCAUUAAUGACAUAUAACUUUCAUCAGAGUUAUUGGUGGUUAAGAACCUAGCUCUGGAAUCAGAGACCCUAUAGGUUCAAAUCCUAUCUCCGUUGCUUAUUGACCUUGAGAUGGUUCAUUGUGAUUGUGCCUGUAAGAUACUUCCCGUGGCUCUUGGCACGUGGUCAAUGAUCAACAAAUGGGAGCUGUUUUUACCCUCUUUGCCAGACUCCUGCUGAGCUCAACAGGCAUUAUCCUAUUUAACCCAACUACAACUUGAAUAAUACUCUUACUCCUUUUUUCAGAUGGAGGAACUGAAACUCAAAAGAAUUAUGUAAGGGGCGCCUGGGUGGCUCAAUGGGUUAAGCGUCUGCCUUCUGCUGAGGUCAUGAUCCCAGAGUCCUGGGAUCAAGCCCCCCGUCCGGCUCCUUGCUCAAUGAGGAGCCUGCUUCUCCCUCUCCUCCCUGCUUGUGCUCUCUCUCUCUCAAAUAAAUUAAAAAAAAAAAAAAAAAAAACCUUUAAAAAAUAACAAAAUAGUUAUGUAACUUGUUCAAGGUUAUAUGGCUGCUGAGUGGUGUGUUAGAAAUUUUAGCAUAGGGCGCCUGGGUGGCUCAGUUGUUAAGUGUCUGCCUUCAGCUCAGGUCAUGGUCCCAGGGUCCUGGGAUCGAGUCCCACAUCGGGCUCCCCGCUCAGCGGGAAGCCUGCUUCUUCUCCCACUCCCCCUGCUUGUGUUUCCUCUCUCACUGUGUCUCUCUCUGUCAAAUAAAAUCUUUAAAAAAAAACAAAAAAAAAACGGAAUUUCAGUAUAGGUCUAUCCAAUGCCAAAUGAUUGGCACACCUACUUAGCUUUAUUAUGUGGUAUGUUAUUUGUAUUAGUAUUUUCUGACCCAUUCUUUUAACCCUUGUCUGUCUUUUUUUUUUUAAUUUUUUAUUGUUAUGUUAAUCACCAUACAUUACAUCAUUAGUUUUAGAUCUUGUCUGUCUUUUUAAAAACCUAUUUAUUAAAUAUUUAACUUCUACAAGGAAUAUUUGUAACAUAUGUGUGAAUUCAAAGAUUAACAACACGUAUGCAUUACCCAACCUGAAAUAUAAAAUGCCAUCAACAUCUGUAAAUAUUUUCUCCUUGUCCUCGCCCUGUAACCCCUACCAAGCAGUAACCAUUAUUCUGAAUUUUGGGAUUAUCACUUGUUAACUUUGUCUUAUUGGUUUUCCACAUAUAAAUAUAUUCCUAAACAACAUAUUUUCAUAUAACUGUCUGGUUGAAUAAGUAUAACAUAUGAGAUGUGGCCGUGAAACAACUUUAUUUUUUUGUUCCCUGUUGUCCCUUUAAGUUAGCUCUGUGAUUAGUUCUUGCCACGCCCUCCAUGGAGACUCAAGCAGUACCCAUGACUUUUCUGGUCAUUUUUGGGUCAUAAGAAUCUCAUUUCAAGUUGGAAAAAAAAGCCAAACACAGUACUCUACUCAUUCCUUCAAUUGAAAUGCUCAACUUCAUGUAAUAAUCGAACUUUAAUCUUGCUUUAAAAUUGAGGCUCCUGACGUUGGCAGGGCAUGUCUCACCUCCUUGUCCCCUGCCCCCAGCCCCCCAGGAGUAUUGUAGGCCAUCCCAAGCCCUUGUUCUGUCACGUGGAUUUUAAAGUCAGCUGGUCAACCGUUAUGCACAUAUAGAGCCUGGAUUUUGAUUGGAGGUAUUUUUGAAUCUUGAUGUUGUUAUGGUCGUGGUUCUCCCUUUACCUUAGUCAGGUUAGCAUAAUUGUUAACCUAAGAGGUGGUUUCUGGGCACUUCUCUAGGUGGGCAAGGACCCUCUGUGCUGUGUUCAAAGCUCUCAAGUAGUAGAAGGUGUGCGUCACUGGCCUGACCGUCCCAUUCCCAUCAGCGGCUCUUUAUUUAUGUUUUGAAUUAAUAUACUUUAUUUUUUAGAUCUUUAAGUUUACAGAAAUAUUGAUUGGGAAGUACAGCGUUUCCAAAUACCCCUAUCCCCUGCACACAGUUUCCCAUUAUUAACAUUUUACAUCAGUGUGGCACAAUGAGCCAAGGUUAUUAAAUCUGUUAUUACUAACUAAAGUCCAUAGUUUAUGUUAGGGUUCACCUUGGUGUUGUGCAGUCUGUGGGUUUUGACUAAUGUAUAAUGAUGCGUAUCCACCAUUAUAAUAUCAUACAGAGUAGUUUCACUGCCGGAAACAUUCUCUGUGCUCCUCCUAUUCAUGCGUCCUUCCCCCUUAACCCCCGGCACCCACUGAUCUUUUUACUGUCUCCAUAGUUCUGCUUUUUUCCAGAGUGUCAUAUAAUUGUAAUCAUACAGAAUGUGGCCUCUUCAGAUUGGCUGCUUUUAAGGUUUCUCUGUUUUUCAUGGCUGAAUAGCUCACUCCUUUUUAUGGCAGUAAAAACCACUGACUGCAGUGAUAUCCCAUUGUCCGUGUGGUACAGUUAUUUAUCCCCUCGCCUCUUGAAGGACGUCGUGGUUGUUUCCCAGUUUGGGCAAUCAUGAAUAAAGCUCCUCAGGUCCUCAUUUGUAAAAUGAGACCUUGAACAAAAGUCUCGAUCAUUUCCAACAGUCAAAAAUCCCAUCUGUGAAGAAACCUGACUACCAGGAACAGGAAAAUUAAUUUGGGCGGCAUUUUAAAGUCGGACCUAAGCGGUCCCCUGAGGGGAGGACGCGCACGAGGAGGAAAGAGAAGGGUGGCCGUGAGGUGAGAAAGCAGCUUUGAAUGAGAAAGACUGGAUAGAGCCGCGAGCCUAUGUAUUACUUUAAUUAAUUAAUUAAAAAGUGUAAAACAGAACCAAGAGCAGCAAAAAGCGUAGCUGGAGGUGGAGGAGCCGCGCCAGGCUGAGAGAAUGGAGGAAUUUUCCGGAGGGGCUGGUGGUGGGAGCCAGGGCCCCUGCUGCUCAGUUUAUGGGACUCGUUUGACAGGGAAUAACCAGUUUGCCUGUGGAGCUAUUAAGGAAGGACAGACAGCCGCAAACAUGCACGAAUGUAUCUGCUCAGCUGGCCGGACGGCAUCAUCUACUCGAAACGGUAGAACAGCAGCGAUCACGUUUAUGGGGCCGCACUCACUACACAGAGCCUGUCAUGGCGCCUGGAGCCCGGUUGGUAGCUGCCACCCGCCUGUUCCUCACGCUGAGGUAACUCGCACUCUGUUCUGAAUCUGACCCAAGGGGUUGGGCGUGGAGAACUCGCCAGGCCCGGGGGCGCGGCUUCUCCGUGGGAAACGUCUCCACCCACUUCCGGCGUAGCGCUGGCGGCUGCGCUGCCGCUGACCUGUCCGCGCUGCUGCCUCUGGAGCUUGUGCGCAGGUGUGUAGGACCAAGACUUCGCAUCGUGAUGAAGGGGGAUCAAGAAAUUGUUGGAACACUUCUGGGAUUUGAUGACUUUGUCAGUGUGGUACUGGAGGAUGUCACUGAAUUUGAAAUCACGCCAGAAAGAAGGAGGAUCCCUGAAUUAGAUCAAAUUUUGCUCAGUGGAAAUAAUGUAACAGUGCUGGUUCCUGGAGGAGAAGGUCCUGAAGUAUGAAUGGAUUUCCUUGACUUCCUCUGUUUUGUCUUAUAAUGACAACAAGAUAGAAAUUUUUUUUUUUAACCUUUUAAUGUUUGGAUUCCGUAAAGCUAAGUUUCCCAUUAAAGGGAAAUGUUUUGAAGAUGCAUUUUUAGUAAAUGCCCAUUUUUGUAAGUUAAUCAUUAUUAUCUUGGAAAAAGAAGAACACUUUGUUCUUUGAAGACUAAAAUUAAAGUGUUUUUGGUUAAAAAAAAAAAAGAGAGAGAAACCUCUCUACCUUUUGGAUUGCAGCCGGGGUAUAUCCCAGAAGAUAAUUUUUUUUAGAGAGCUCCUGAUUGUUCUGUUGUGGGAAGCCUUCUCUCUGGGGCUCUAAUGGAACCAGGUUUCCUCUCCUGUGUAAUUGAGGGCUGAGCCCUGGAGAAAAGCUCAAGUCCAAACGGGCAAAUACUAAGAAGUCAAGAUGUUUGUUUUAAAGUCCCUUAAAAAGAGUGACAGAAAAACCAUCAAGAAGGAAGACCUUUUCUGAGGUUGUGGGUGAGGAGGAUGGAAAAAUGGGGAGGCAUGUUACCGACUUCUCUCAGCCGCGAAACAGAAGAGGAGAGGGUGAGGAACUCAGAUGAACAAUAAUAGCGGGAAGAUGCUCCCACCAGAGGCUGGAGGGAGAGGGGAGGAUGCCCCUGCAGUGGUGCACACAGAGAGAGAGACCCUGGAGUCUGCCGUCUCCCACACGCAUCAUCUCCCACCAGUGCUUCCCACUGACCAACUUGGCCAGAAGCCCUUUGUCAGAGGAACCUCGGAAUGUGCUUCUCUGCAAUACAGAGAGACAAAAAUGGCUGGAGGAAGUCUCUGAGAACAAACAAGGAAAUAACCCAAAGCAUAGCGGUAUGAGAAAGCCUCUCUCUGAAUAAUUCUGCAUGGCCAGAGUGAGAGGUAUCGUAUGCUCGGCUGAGAUCUGACAUCUCGAGGUUCCGAGGCGGCAGCCAGUGACACUAGAUGAAGUGGCACGACUCCACUGGCAAUUUCUGGGAAGGAACUGGCUGGCUUGGGGGUGACAGGAUUUUUCAGGAGGUUAAUGCAGGUGUCCAGGUGGAAGGCACUAAAGACUGGAAAUAAGGCUGUGGCAGCCACACUGAGCACGGAUUGUCGAGAUCUGAAGGAGAAUCUCUUCGGCUUGGUGACCAGUGAGAUCUGGAAGGAAAGGAAGAGGUCUAGGAUGACCAGCAGGUUUGGGCCAGUAUGUGGCAGUGUUGGGGCCCAAAGCUGGUGCCUCUGAUUCCCAGCCUCACUGUGCUUUCACCUUUGGUGGCUUGACAAUGAGCAUGUCUCUCAGACCCACUGGGUUCCAGUGCCCUAAUCUUUGCAAACGGGUUCGAUGUUCCUGAAGGCGGUAUUCUACAGCACUGUGAUUCAAAGAUUUAUACUUUCAGAUUUCAAUAUAUUUUGCAAUAUGUUCCAAUAUGUUUUUCUCCAAUGUCACAUUUUCUGUAAUUUACAUGAACAGAUUACAAAAACCCCCUUGUGUGUACAUUUAACCUGAUAUAUAUUUCUGAAUUUCAAAUUCAAGUAUUAUAAAUUCUUAUUUAAAAAUUACUGGUCAUAGUUGUUUUCAAAGAAUUCUCAUUAUGAGUGAAAAAAAAUGUUCUAAAGUUCAUAUACUCCAGAAUCCAGCUUGUAGACAAUGGAUUUCACAAUAUUCCCAUCUAAAAUUGUUCCUUGUAGUUCUGUUCAUAAAUCUCUCUGGCAGAGCUCCCACUAUUUACAAGACUUGCUACAAAACCACUGAUUGAAUCGCAACCCUUGUUAGUUAAUAGAGGUCAAAGUAUUAGUUCUAAAUAAUGCUACUUGGUAUGUUUCUCGGAAAUUCCAGGAAAAGCCUUUUUCCGUGAUUUUCAGUUUCAUUCCAAGCAGCACACAACAAUCACAUCGUUCAGCUGCAUGAACCAAAUAUUAAGUCACUGGACUUUUAAAAAAGCAUGUUGCCCCAAUCAGAAAUCAGAUAUGUGUGUAUUUUAUUAGAUCUGUAUCUUAAAAC